AAAGAAAAGAAAAAAAAGAAAAAGAGAAAAAAAGGAAGAAAAAAGAAAAGGAAAAAAAAAGUUUAUGUCGCGUGUGAGGGUGUUGCUCUUUUUUUUUUUUUACAGUACGACGAUAUCAGAAAUUGUCCGAGGAGGCUGGUCUACGUCGGCACGAUGUCUCGACACUCGGCUAGUCGGAGAUUUUACGCUUAGAUUGGCACGUCAUUUCGUCGAAUACGUCGAACGUCAUAGACGUAUAAAAAAGAAAAAGAAAAAAAAAAAAAAAGAAGAAGAAGAAGAAGAAAAAAUAAGGAGUGGAAAAACGGAAGAGUUAUGGUUUAUAGUUAAAUUAUGCGAUUGAUUUAUCCAUAAAUUGUCGUGCCUAUUAGUUCUUAGAUUUUGUUAAUGGGUAAUAUGGAAAGGGUUUAUAGAUAAAUCGUCAUUUGGUUUGUUUUUGCAUAGGAAAGUUUUGUAUGGAAAGAUAAGAAAGAAAAAGACGAGAGAGAGAGAGAGAGAGAGAAGAAGAAGCGAUGAGAAUAUGAAAAGGGAAAAAACAGGGGGGAAUAAAUUAAAAUUUCGGAGAAAAGGUUAGAACGGAGUUAAAUCGCGACGUAAUCGUAUUAGACCGCGUGCAAGUCACCAAGAGUGAAUCUCAUUGGUCGAGAGGGAGAGAGAGAGCAGCCGACGGACGCCCACAAUGUGCACGGUUAUAUAGUACUCUAGUGCUAUGCGAGAGUUCAUUCAUAGUUCCACGCCGGUGUCUAGUCAUUCAUUAAUCCGGUAUACGCACGAGACGUCGACGACGACGACGAUAACUACGACGACGACGACGACGCUACUGCCGCCGCCGUCGCCACCGCCGCCGCCGUCAUCACAGCCACCGUCAUCAUCAUCACCACCAUCGCCACCGCCGCCGUCGCCGUCACCACCAACGACAACGACAACGACAACGACGAGGACGACGUAACGAUACAACGACAACGAAGACUACCGACGACGAAGAGGCAAGAGAGGAGGUGUAUCUUUACGGAGCGUGCGCUACGAUAUAUACGAGAUAUACGAGAUAGAAAGAGAACGCAGAGAGAGCCCUUCUCUCCUGCUUAUAUCGUACUUCUCUUGCUUGUGCUGACCUGCUUUUCGAGUUUGCGUGCGAAUACGCGCGUGCGUGCAUGUGCGCCGUGUAUCUCUCUACUACGAGUGGAUUACAUCGUGGAGAGAGAGAGAGGAUACUCGAAAAGGGAGAAGGAUAUUGGCUACGAGCAAGCUUGGACUCAUCUAUCUUACGGAGAAUGCGAGUGGAUUCGGUGGCACAGACGGCUACUCUGACGAGCCUCGCUUUCUUCCUGAGUUCCGGGCUGAGCGGGACGGUUUCCGGAGCACCGACCAGCUACGGUCUCCAUACCGCCAUCUCGGAAUCCAACAGUAAUAUGGAGCCUUGGUUGCAACCAUGUGGUACGCCGGUUGCUGCAGCUCUGAAAAAAAUGCCCCAACGUCAUAGCGUUCAUAGAGCGUUGAAAAGGGUACGAACCCAGCUUAGGGUCGCUCAGAAUCACUUUAGGAAGGAUCUCAAGGAUAUUCAUGAGAUCUAUUCGAAGGUGUACAAAGUGCUGAAGGAGCAGUACAGAAUGAACUGGCUUCCGGAGAAGCAGCUUGAGUGGUACCAUAGGGAGCUCUGGUGCCUCGAGAAGGGUAAGAAGGCGGAGCGUGCACUUCCACGUCUUCACGACGCCCUUCAAAGGUUCGCCAUCACGUUCCACCAUCUUAGAGCGUUCCGACUAAAGUCGAAUAUCAACGUCGAUCUUACGAUGAACAGGCGAAACGAGAUUAUCGAUGCCAUGCAAAUCGAAAUUCUUCGAAUGCUUUGCGAAGUAGAAACAGCGAUCCUGAAUCUAGGACUGCAAUUACCAACCGCUCACAAGGCGGUCAUCGUCACGGAAAGUCGUAACUGGGCCAAGGAAGGUGAUCUGACGCUCAUGCUCAUUCAAGAUUGGGGCGUUUUAAGAUUAUAUCAAACCUUUCUGAAUGAUUGGACGCGUGCCUUUCGUAAUGCCACUGCGACUGGACCUGGUACCUGCGAUCCUAACACAAUAAAACCGCUUAUCUUACGACCGAAGAACAACAAGAAGGGUCCAAAAACUGGAAUGGGUACUAAAGGGAAGAGAAUACCGAAGAUCAAGAAAGAGCGAGUCAAUAGGAAACAUCCGUUGGGCUCGAAUCAAACGCAACCUUUGACACGAGGACCAAAAGUAUUCCCAAGGAAAAGACUGACGAGAAAGAAACAGGCGAGACCAGUGUAGUCAGCGAAAGUUUAUGAUCUCGAGUGAUCUUACUCGUCCUUAUCCAAUUUUCUUUCACCUUCAUUUUUAUUUCUUUUCUUUUUUUUUUUUUUUUUUUCAAUAUUUUUCUCCCCUUUUCAAUUUUUAAACUAUAGACUAAUUAAUCUUUCGAUGUCGAACACUCGCAAAAAAGACGUUUAUCCUUCCGCCAGAAGACACAAAUAUACACAAACGACACACACACACACACACACACACACAAAUAUACUUAAACGCAUACGCACGGACAUACACAUUGACAUCAUUUGCAUAUGUUCUUCUAUUUAUUGCAUCGCCACGAUCAUUAAUUUUCUUUACGUUUUAAGCAUUAAUGCUUCAUUCUCGAUCGACAGAAAGAGAUGACAUUUAAUAUAGAAACUCAAAUACGAUCGAAUUAUUCAAAAGAAAAUAUUUUUCCUCUAUUAUUUUACAUUAUGAUAAACUUAUCUACAUACAUACAUACAUACAUACAUACAUACAUACAUACAUACAUACCUACGUACAUAUAUACGUUCGGCUGGCGGUCCAGCCGUAAUUUUCACUAGGGGACCAGUAUUAAGAGAUUUACUUCGAAACAGUAUUAUAUCUAAUAACGCGUAAUAACUAAUAAUAGCGGUUAAUAAUAACGUUGAUGCACAGAGAGACUUAUCGAUCGACGCUAUAUGUAGUAGAAGGUGAUUAGCUCGAUCGAUCGGAGAAUAUAGCGUCGAGGAGGCAUGCACCUGAAAAUCACGUAGCCAUACGUACUUUUCUUCUUCUUUCCUUUUUUUUUUUCUUCUUCUUUUCGUUUUCUUUUUCUUUUUUUUUUUUUUUUUUUUUUU